AUGACAUCGGCGUACAUUGGAGUCGGCGGUUCAGCUGGUGGAGCUCAGUCCGCCUAUUUCGGCGUUGGAGGUGGUCAGACGCCAGCGGCCGGAAACGCGGGCAAGCCCGCCGCGCCUGGAAUGGCGAACCAGUCCGUGUACUUGGGAGCGGCUGGUGCGCCUGGUGCUGGUGGAGCUCAGUCUGCCUACUUUGGUGUUGGUGGCGGUGGUGCUCCGGGAGGUGGUGGCGCUAAGAGUGGAUACUUUGCUCCAACUGGGGCUGCUCCGGCUCCAGGUUAGCGUUUUUGAAAUUUUUCAUUUUUUGUCAAUUUCAAUAUUUUUUAAAUAAAAAAAUUUUUAAACCAUGCUUUCAGGUGCCCCUGUCCCAGCCGGAACUUCAACCAUGACUGCCGUUGGUGGUGCGCCAGGUGGUACUUCGACCAUGACAGCCGUUGGCGGCGCUCCAGGUGGUACCUCUACCAUGACAGCUGUUGGCGGAGUUCCAGGUGCUCCACCAGGUACCUCGACUAUGACCGCCGUUGGCCAGCCCAUGCCAGGAGGUGGCACAUCCACCAUGACUGCUGUUGGACAACCAAUGCCUGGUGGAGGAACAUCGACGAUGACUGCCGUAGGUCAACCCAUGCCAGGUGGUGGUACUAGUACCAUGACCGCAGUUGGUGCCGUUGCUCCAGGUGGUACCUCAACCAUGACCGCUGUUGGUGGUGCACCACCAGGUACAUCAACGAUGACGGCCGUGGGUCAGCCUAUGCCUGGAGGUGGUACAUCGACUAUGACUGCCGUGGGCCAGCCUAUGCCUGGUGGUGGAACAUCUACCAUGACUGCUGUCGGAGCUGUGCCAGGAAAAUCGACGAUGACUGCUGUUGGACAACCAAUGCCCGGUGGUGGAACGUCUACUAUGACUGCUGUGGGUCAGCCAAUGCCUGGAGGUGGUACAUCGACUAUGACCGCCGUCGGUCAGCCUAUGCCAGGUGGAGGAACUUCCACAAUGACUGCUGUUGGAGCCAUGCCAGGUAAAAAUUUUCAUUUUUCGAAAUUUAAAAAAAAAUUUCAAGCUUUGGCUUUUCAAAGGUAGAGACAGUAGAACAACGUAUCAUAGUGAAUGGAAUACUAUAAUAUUUUAAUGAUUACUCUUUGCUUUUUACAGGAAAUUCGACCAUGACUGCUGUAGGCGGCGCUCCAGGUGGUACCUCCACGAUGACCGCCGUUGGUGGUGCUCCACCAGGCACCUCGACCAUGACUGCCGUCGGCCAGCCCAUGCCAGGAGGUGGAACGUCCACUAUGACGGCUGUGGGUCAACCAAUGCCUGGAGGUGGUACAUCGACUAUGACCGCCGUCGGUCAGCCUAUGCCAGGUGGAGGAACUUCCACAAUGACUGCUGUUGGAGCCAUGCCAGGUAAAAAUUUUCAUUUUUCGAAAUUUAAAAAAAAAUUUCAAGCUUUGGCUUUUCAAAGGUAGAGACAGUAGAACAACGUAUCAUAGUGAAUGGAAUACUAUAAUAUUUUAAUGAUUACUCUUUGCUUUUUACAGGAAAUUCGACCAUGACUGCUGUAGGCGGCGCUCCAGGUGGUACCUCCACGAUGACCGCCGUUGGUGGUGCUCCACCAGGCACCUCGACCAUGACUGCCGUCGGCCAGCCCAUGCCAGGAGGUGGAACGUCCACUAUGACGGCUGUGGGUCAACCAAUGCCUGGAGGUGGUACUUCGACCAUGACCGCUGUAGGCCAGCCUAUGCCUGGUGGAGGAACAUCAACCAUGACUGCGGUUGGAGCUGUUCCUGGUAUGUUAUUUUAGGUUUUUUUUUAUUAUUUUUUUUAGUCUAAAUGGCAUUUUUAAAAGUAUUUUUGUGUUUUAUUGAAACUUUUAUUUCAGGAAAAUCGACCAUGACUGCUGUUGGCGGUGCUCCAGGCGGUACUUCCACGAUGACUGCCGUUGGUGGCGCUCCAGCCGGUACUUCAACCAUGACUGCUGUUGGUGCUCCAGGUAAGAGGUUUUUACUCAUUUAUAAUUUUAAAAUUAUUUAUUUUACCUUUUUUAAUGAAACAUGUCACUAUUGUUCAGAAUCGACCAUUUUGAUCAUUUGUGCCCACAUGAUCAAGUGGUUAGCAAGCUUUCUUUUUGUACAAAAGCUGUUGGGUUCGAGUCCGCUUGAAGAAUCUUUGGAUUUUGAAAGUUUUUGAUAAAAAAAAUAUUUUUAGGCUUAAAAAUUUUAAAUGUUUGUUUUGAUUGUUAUUUUAUUAAUAUUUUUGAUCUUUUCAGCUCGUUCCACCAUGACCGCCGCUCCACGUUAA